CCACAACUGCUCGACCAGAAAAGCGGACACGUCGGCGCAGUGACUUCCGGCGGAAGAAGAAGCCGGUCCCAAGUUCUGGCCGACAGUAGGCAAGGAGUGGGCGGCAGCGCAUAUGUGAAGUUAGCUAAUCUGAGAAGGCCCACUUCUGGUUCCAUGGAUGAUGGCUGCUGAGCAGAUGCCCAAAAAGGAUUGGUACAGCAUCCUGGGGGCAGACCCAUCUGCAAAUAUGUCAGACCUAAAAGAAAAAUAUCAAAAACUCAUAUUAAGGUAUCAUCCAGAUAAACAAAGUACAGAUGUAUCAGCAGGAACAGUGAAGGAAUGUGUACAGAAGUUCAUCGAAAUUGAUCAAGCGUGGAAAAUUCUAGGAAAUGAAGAGACAAAAAGAGAGUAUGACUUGCAGCGGUAUGAAGAUGAUCUAAGAAAUAUAGGACCAGUAGAUGCUCAAGUAUAUCUUGAAGAAAUGUCUUGGAAUGAAGGAAGAAAAGAAUAUCUGCCAUUUCCCUUGAUACAACACGAAGUCAUGUCUUUUUUGCUUUUCUGUUAUUAAAAUUUUAGAACUUAAAUCCAAUGUAGUUUCCCCAUUCUUCUGAUGGUUCCUUGAAUUGUUCUGGUUAGACAUCAUUAAAUUGGGAAACACCCUUUACUAAACGGAAGCCAUGAGUACCAUACUUACUUGUUUCUCUGGGUAAAUGAAGAAAAUCUUACCAUUUCCUAGAAUCUUUAGAUACUCUUAACCCUUUAACCUUAUUGUGCAGCAUGAAGUACAAAUUCCCUCAAGGUUUAUAAAAAUCUACUAAUGAGUGUGGAUAGGUAGAAGAUAAAAACAGAGCCAUCUGAAACCAAAUUUACUUUUUAAAUGGCAAAUUCUUAACUUAGUGCCCCUAAGAUGUGGGUCACAAGCCAUAUUAACUUAGAAAGGGAAUCACAUCUUUGCCUCUGGGACCAUUCUGCCCCCAACCCCUCAAGUGAAAUCCUAGAGUAGAAAUUCAGUGAAUCAUUGGUAAAGUUGAGGUUUUGUAUAACUGGGGCUCCUAGUGAUGGUGACAGCCUCUUUAGAGUAAACAGGAAGAAAUACUGUGAAAACAAUACACUAGUGACACAGACUUUUCACUGCUAGUUUGUGGAAGGGACACUCUAGAACAUGUCAUUUAUCAGGGAGACUUGCCUAACUAAAACAAUAUAUAUGCACAUAUGUAUAUAUACACAUACACUUUUUAUUUUUUUCCAAAUACACAGACUUCAAGGAGACUAAGUAUGUUUUGAAAAUAUAGUUUGUCUCCUUAUCAAUUGGUAUGUAUAUGUAUGUUUGUAUGUGUUUAAUGUCUUAUUAAAUUAGUUCUUGCUAUAGUCGAUAUGGGUAAUAUAUUUUAUAUGAUAAUGUGAAAAUACUGAAAAAUGGUUUGUAUAAUUUUUUUUCCCUUUUAAAUAUAUAACAAUAUAAUGUUAAGAUCUUAAUUUAACAUGAGAAUACGGGCUGGGAGCCUGGAAUCCCAGCACUUUGGGAGUCUGAGUUUGGAGAAUCACAGAGGUCAGGAGUUUGAGACCAGCCUGGGCAACAUAGGAAGACUCUGAGAACAGAUUGUGAGAAUAGGAAAAAUAAAAAAUAAAAACAAAACAAAGCAAAAAAAUAGCAAGACCACAUGUGUACAAAAAAUUAUAUAUAUAUAUGUGUGUGUGUAUAUAUAUAUAUACACACAUAUAAACUUUUAAAAAGAAAAGGAAGAAACAUAAUAUGGAUUAGUGGCUUAAGCAUCUGUCUGGUCAAUAAAUACAUGGACUUUCUGAUACAAGUGAAAAUGCUAACAUAUAGAAGGAAAUGUACAACAAAAAAUCAUCAAGCGUUAUCAUCAAUGUGUUAUUGCCCCUGGAACUCCCUAAAGUAAACUUGACAGUAAAGAAGAUAUAGAAGAAUCCAACCCAUAGCCAAUGAAUUAGUAAUAAGCAGAUAGUUAAUCUUAAAAGUAUAGGAUGCACUUAGACGCUUAGGUUUUUAUAACUAAAGAUGGAAAUAAUUCUAAUCUUAAUGAGAGAAAAUACCAAGCAAGAGCUACAUGAAACCAUUAUUCUUGUAGGAAUAUUUAAAAACAAAUCAUGGAAGUUUUGAUUUUUUUUUCCCAAUUAAAAAGAGAAAUUUUGGCAGAUGAAAUUAAAUAAAAAGUGUGAUCAACUAGGAAAGGAAAAAUUUGUUUAAAGAUCCCCUUUAGGAUCAUUUUCUGAAUAGCUGUGGAAAGUGAAGAUCUGAAACAGGAGAAAAGUUCAUGAAACCCUAUAGGAUAGACACAGCCAAAUUGUUGGUUGCCUGAUCAAAGGGCAGUAUGAAAUGAUCCUUUUUAUUAUGCUUAAAAGGCGUAUGUGAGUUGUGCAGAUAUUGAAGCUAAUCUUCACCCUUAGUCAUUAUACGGCUUGGUCAUUUUGUUGGCCGUCAUUCAGAGUAUUUAAAAUGAUGGUUUCUGUAAAAGUUAUCACCUGGUUAAAAGCUUGAUGGUAUAAUAAUAAUAGAACUUUUACAAGAUGUGAAUUUUUAGUGAGCAUUAUUUGGAGUCAUCUAUGACAAAACUCCACAGUAGCCCAUGGUGUCCUCUGUGUCAUUUACCAAGAACAUGUCAACUCAAAUUGUUUUCCAGUGUUCACUGAGGUGGUAAAAAAACAAGGGGGUAGGGGGAGAUUUAGCUUAGGAAAAUCAAUGGUUAGAAUACGUACAUUUUUAGACAAUUUAAUAAUUAAAAAAUUCACUUUCAGAACAUGCUCUAGUACGUAGAUGUUGGCUUAGGGAAGAUGUCUGCAUUUUGAAUUCAAGAUUAAAUUAUUUUUCUGUAUGGAGAACAAAGGCAUUGUGGUAAAGAAAAAAAAGCUGGAUUAGGUGAAUGAAUUCAUUUUCCUUACUGAUUAAAAAAGAAAACACAUAAAGUUAGCUUAUUUAAUUGCCAGUUUUUCCAAGGCUGAACUUGUAAGAGAGCAGGUACAAGGCAGUUGAAUUUUGCUUUUUUAAACUACAUAUGAUAUGAUCUAAGUAUUAAUCAAAUUUGAUAAUUGAAUGAAGAUAUUUGAUUGUAUGAAAUCAUGAGUCCUUUGAGACUUAUUUUCUAAUAAUCAAUUAUGAUGGUGGUAAAAUAAUGUGAUUGAUAAGUUAUUUUCCUUUGACAGUUACUUCUCAGAGACAGUAAAAUGGAAUGACCAAUGGAUCAGAGAUUCUUUAAGUCAAAGGGCACAAGCAUUUCAACUUCCCAGGAAAAUGACACACUUAAAAUUUCCACGAUUAGGAGCCUAAGUAUUGCACUGUAUUGCCUCCUUUGGGCAUCUAACUUCAGCAUUUUGUUGGUUCAUGUGUCAUUUGUAAAAAUCAAACAAACAGAAACACACACAUACCUCACAGGAUUAAAAAAAAAACAACCAAAAACCAUGGUGUUGUGUUUAUAGACUUAAGAUUCUUGAAAUAGUGUGACACUAGAGGUGUCCAGAUGUUGCACUUGAUAAAUAGUCUGGUUUUUUCUAAAGAAUAGACUUCAGGCAAAAGCAUCAUCUUCCCUAACAGUGAGACAGGUAGGGCUGUUUUUCUUUUUCCUUCACUGUAAUAUUUUAGACAAAUACAUUGUUGAGAAAAAUGUAAAAUUUAUAUGAAUUUUAAGAAAACAGAAAACUUCAAAUAAGUUUCAUGGGUUGCUUCUGAGCAUGCCCUCUCCUCCCAAAAUCCUUGGACUUUUAAUUCAUAGCUUCAAUCCCUCUCCUCUACAGAGAAAGAUUCUUUGGUAGGUAAUUUUUAUAAACAUUGCCCCUUUCAAGAAAUCUAGUUCUCCUUUAAAUACAUUUUAUCUUUACUGAGCUUCUUUGUUUUGUUUUACAAUUUCUGUGGAAUAAACUCUGCACCUUUUAAGGGUAUUAGUGAGAUAGUUAUUUACAAGUCUUUGAAACAUUAUUUUGUUUUCUU